GAUUGUAGAACGGCCAUACAGCCAUGCGAUGGUUCCGCUCCGAGAAUGAUGAAGAAAAGAAAAACAAUCUCUCUACUGCAGUGAACCCCCCAAACACUGACUCCUCCCCUCCUCCCCUCCAUCCCACCGAUUGGACCCAUUACACCGACCCUAAGACCCUCCUCUUCGGCGUCCUCUUUACGACCACCACCCUCUCCCUCAUAGGCCUCUACCGACGCUAUCUCCGCCGCAUCCCGAACGCGGGCUACUUCCCGCCUGACCAAUUCCGCAAGCGGAGCGUAUUCGGCAAGGUCACCAGCGUCGGCGAUGGCGACAACGUGCGCAUCUUUCACACGCCGGGCGGGCGGCUGGCGGGCUGGGGAUGGCUUCCGGGGAGGAUAGUCCCGACCAAGAGCCGGGAACUCAGUUCGAAGACGAUCCACAUCCGUCUCGCCGGCGUCGACGCCCCUGAAUGCGCCCACUUCGGCCGCACCGCCCAGCCCUUCGGCGACGAAGCGCGCCGCUGGCUCGCGUCCUACCUCCUCCACCGCCGCGUGCGGGCGCACGUCUACCGCCGCGAUCAGUACGAGCGGCUCGUCGGCACGGUGUAUGUGCGGCGGUGGUUUCGGCGGAAAGACGUGGGGCUAGAGAUGCUGCGGCGCGGGCUGGCGACGGUGUAUGAGGGGAAGUAUGGGGCGGAGUUUGGGGGGGAGGAGGGGAAGUAUCGGGGGGCGGAGGCCACCGCAAAGGCGCGAGGCAUCGGCUUGUGGAAGGAGCCGUCAGUUUGGAAGAAGAUGGUUGGACGGGCGGAGAAGCGGGAAACGCCGAUGGAAUUUAAGAAGAGGACGAGCCCAGCCGCGGGGCAGAUACGCAAAGAUGAACAUAAACAGCAGGUGAAGUAA